AGCCUCGGCCGGGCGGUGACAGAAUUUGUCCUUCUGGGCUUUCCUCAGGUCCGCGUAUUGGAGCUCUCCGUUUUCGCCGUCUGCUCUGCCGUCUUCGCCUUCACCCUCUUGGGGAACCUGGUCAUAAUUACCGUUGUGGUGACAGAUUCCCGCCUGCACACCCCCAUGUAUUUUUUCCUCGGGAACCUCUCCCUCCUGGAGGUCUUCUUCACCUCGGCCAUCAUACCCAAGAUGUUGGCCAACCUGCUGGCCGAGAGGAAGACCAUUUCGUUCUCGGGCUGCAUCGCUCAGUGCCAUUUCUAUUUCUUCCUGGGGUCCACUGAGUUGCUCCUCCUGGCUGUGAUGUCCAUCGACCGCUACGUGGCCAUCUGCAACCCUCUGCGCUAUGUUGCCAUAAUGAACGCCCGUGUCUGCGUCUCCCUGGUCCUUGGCUGCUGGCUGGGUGGGUUUGUGCACAUCCUGUGGCCCACAGUGGUGAUAUCCCAGCUCCCGUACUGUGGCCCCAAUAUCAUCAACCACUUUUUUUGUGACAGCACGCCGCUGCUGAAGCUGUCCUGCUCUGACACACGCCUCAUUGAACUUGUGGAUGUGCUUCUUGCCUCUGUUAUGCUCGUCGGCACCCUACUGGUCAUCACAGUCUCCUAUAUUUACAUCAUCUCCACCGUGCUGAAGAUCCCCUCAGCUACCGGGAGGAGCAAGGCCUUCUCGACUUGUGCCUCGCACAUCACAGUGGUGACGAUCUAUUACGGCAGCUCCAUCUUCAUGUACGCCCAGCCGGCACAGAGCUCGGCCUUGGAAUUCAACAAAGUGGUGGCAGUGUUAACCGCAGUGGUCACCCCGUUCCUGAACCCCCUCAUCUAUAGCCUGAGGAACGAGAAGGUGAAAGAGGCCCUGAAAGAUAUGGUGAAAUGGAGAAGUGCUUCCCAGAGAAACAUGGAACCUUUGGUCUGA